AACAACAUUAUUUUCUCCUAGUGAAAAAGAAUGGUUAUCCAACGGGGUUUCCAUAAUUGUGAGUGACAGCAAGCAGACUGUGUGUUCGACAAAUCAUUUAACCAGCUUUGCUGUGUUAAUGCAUUUAACUGACGUACAUGUUUCACCUGAAGAUCAGCUUCCUUUGGAGAUUAUAACUUACAUUGGUUGUGGAAUAUCAUUUAUUGCUCUAACGGCUGCUAUAAUAAUAUUUUUAAGUCUGAGAUCUUUGACUGACAUCAAGUAUCAAAUUCAUCUUCACUUAUGCAUCGCCUUGGCGAUGGCGCAAGUUGUAUUUCUUACUGGUAUCACGGCAACAGAAAAACAGUGGUUAUGCAAAUUAGUAGCUGUUCUACUUCAUUUCUUGUACACUGCCAGCUUCACCUGGAUGAGUGCAGAAGGAUUGCAUCUUUACUUUAAGAUCGUCACUGUCUUUAACCUCGAAAGAAUAAAAAUGAUCUACUACGUCAUCUUUUGCUGGGGUGAGUAGGCCACAAGUUAGAGACAGUAAAAUUUU